CGGCAGCUGGAUGAGCUGCAGGACCAACACAACUAUUGUUAGACCUUUUGUUGUGUUGACGGGCCGUAACGCUGACGACAUGUGGAAGGUCAAACCUCCGGUUGUCUUUUCUAAGGAGUCGAGGUAUCGGCCGAUUUUGGAGAGUUUGGUCCCAGCUGACCCCAUGUCCCAGUUCCACCUGAGCCGACGUUCCCCCGACGAGGAGUUCCCUGACCUGGGCAGGAACUACACCUGGAUGGGACGGAUCCUCACACCGGCCAUGUACCGCCGGCAGUUCCACCGCUGUACCAACAGCGGAGUCAUCUUCGACGAUGUCAUCCGCCCGGGCCUCGAGGAACCAGGUCAUUGGUCCGGUCCGGUUUCUGUGGGCUGUGCCGCGGGCGAUGCUGAGUCCUACAUCCUGUUCUGUGACUUCUUCGACCGAGUUAUCGAGUCGCAUCACGGACACAAGAUCACCAGCCGGACGCCGGAGAGCGACUUCAACCACGACAACCUGAAGGGGGGCGAUGACUUGGACAGGUCAUACGCUGUACGCUGUGAGGUGAGUGUAGUUCGAGGCGUUGAAGACUUCUGCUUCUCGACACACUGCAGCCGAGGAGAGCGCCGACAGCUCCUCACGCUGGCCAGGAAAGCUCUGCAGCGGCUGGAGGAGGAGGAGGCGUUGCCGGGGCGACUCCUCUUACUGCAGGAUCUGAGCCCGGAGCAGCAGAGGGAGCUGAACCUGAACUCUCCGUCUGCCUCCCAGCUGCGUAUCGGCGUGGCCCGGGACUGGCCCGAUGCCAGGGCCGUCUGGGCGAGUACCGAUGGCGGCCUGGUGGUCUGGAUCAACAUGGAGGACCACCUCAGACUGGUGUCCACACGGGAUGACGCAAACAUCACAGAGGCGUUUAAACGCCUCUACGUCAACCUGCAGAAGCUGGGCGGGUUUUACCGCGAGCUCCGACACCCGUUCACCUGGAAGCAGCAGCUGGGCUGGGUGAGCAGCUCUCCGGCCGACGUGGGGACGGGGCUGAGGAUCAGAGUCCACCUCAGACUGCAACACCUCCCCCAACACAACCGGCUGCAGGACGUCCUGAAGAGGCUGAGGAUCUGCAUGGACACCACAGAAUCCCCGGCACUGUACGCUGUGAGCAAUGCGGCGACCUUCGGCCUGAGCGAGGUGGCUCUGACCCAGCUGGUGCUGGAUGGGGUCAAACUGCUUAUCGCCAUGGAGAUGAGGCUGGAGGGCGGCGGCAACAUCGAAGAGCUCGUUCCUACGCAGAAGUAGAUCUAGAUGCUGAUUGGCCGGAAACACAAACUUAAAUAAAUAAAUACAUUAUUAUCUAAACAAGUGACAAAAACGUGUAUAUUAGGGACUGAAAUGUCGGAAUUAAAUCAAAUUAAAUCAGAGACAAAUGCUUCGAAAUACAACAUGCAUCAACAGCUUUGAAAAAAGUGAUAAAAACGUUACGAACUUCAUAUAUUUCUGUCAUACUGAUGUGUGAUCUUUCUUUCAGGUAUUAUCCAUUACUGCAUGGUUUUCAUAUUUUCAUGACUUUAUAUUAUCUAUGUGUAUAUAUACUCUGUUAAACUGCCUCCUUGUACUACUCCUGUUUAAAUGUUGAAUCCGUAUUGGAGUCUGUCUCUUGGUGUCUUGUAAUGACGUGUGUGUUGGUUGCUGAUAAUACACUCUGUAAUAAACAUUGUGUUUGGGUUA